CUGGAAGUCGACCAGUGUCACCCUUUUCAAUACAUUCAGAUGUGGAUUGUUCCGGAUUUUGUCUUGAGAAAUUGUUGGAUGACAACAGACCAGAUUCGCCCGACUCGCUUAGUUCACGGGUUGAAGCUAACCAAAUAAGUUCAACUGUAACUGCAUCCCCACCGAUGUCUGCUGCAAGACCUCUUACAUAUGCAGAUGUUGUGCGGGGCAUUACAAAUGAAAAACAAGUAGAUGCUUCUUGUAUCAGUAAACCGUCUGAGACAAAGCCUUUUUGGCUUCCGUCAAUGUCUUCAGACGGGGAGUACACUAUCCCCUCCAUGGACGAUUGUGUGACAGAGUUAAGAACAGUAUCUCCAGAGUCUCUGCUGUCUCAAAGUGAAUUUAGGCCACUCUCUCCUGACUCACCUGUUCCUCAAUUCAGAUGUCUUCAUAUCAAUAACAGUGUGGAAUUGCCAGUGUACAGGUCAUUUACACCAGAAUCAACAUUGUCAGAUUGGGAAGGUACUGACUUGUGUCUGGAGACCUUGUUUGACGAGACCAGACCAGAGUCCCCGCAUUCAAUUUUAUCAGACUUUGAGCUUGAAAAAUUAUUUAGCAGCAGGGCAUUGUCUCCAGAGUCCUUGUCUUCAGAUUUUGACUUUUCACUUGUGCAGGACUGGCUGACAGACUUUAGAGCAUCCUCCCCAGAAUCUGUGACGUCAGUUGAGCAACGUUUUGUGUGUCCUCAGACUACAUUUGGCCAAAUGAAGAGUCAACGUUGUAAUUAUUACUUAGAGUACUCUGGAAGUCGACCAGUGUCACCCUUUUCAAUACAUUCAGAUGUGGAUUGUUCCGGAUUUUGUCUUGAGAAAUUGUUGGAUGACAACAGACCAGAUUCGCCCGACUCGCUUAGUUCACGGGUUGAAGCUAACCAAAUAAGUUCAACUGUAACUGCAUCCCCACCGAUGUCUGCUGCAAGACCUCUUACAUAUGCAGAUGUUGUGCGGGGCAUUACAAAUGAAAAACAAGUAGAUGCUUCUUGUAUCAGUAAACCGUCUGAGACAAAGCCUUUUUGGCUUCCGUCAAUGUCUUCAGACGGGGAGUACACUAUCCCCUCCAUGGACGAUUGUGUGACAGAGUUAAGAACAGUAUCUCCAGAGUCUCUGCUGUCUCAAAGUGAAUUUAGGCCACUCUCUCCUGACUCACCUGUUCCUCAAUUCAGAUGUCUUCAUAUCAAUAACAGUGUGGAAUUGCCAGUGUACAGGUCAUUUACACCAGAAUCAACAUUGUCAGAUUGGGAAGGUACUGACUUGUGUCUGGAGACUUUGUUUGACGAGACCAGACCAGAGUCCCCGCAUUCAAUUUUAUCAGACUUUGAGCUUGAAAAAUUAUUUAGCAGCAGGGCAUUGUCUCCAGAGUCCUUGUCUUCAGAUUUUGACUUUUCACUUGUGCAGGACUGGCUGACAGACUUUAGAGCAUCCUCCCCAGAAUCUGUGACGUCAGUUGAGCAACGUUUUGUGUGUCCUCAGACUACAUUUGGCCAAAUGAAGAGUCAACGUUGUAAUUAUUACUUAGAGUACUCUGGAAGUCGACCAGUGUCACCCUUUUCAAUACAUUCAGAUGUGGAUUGUUCCGGAUUUUGUCUUGAGAAAUUGUUGGAUGACAACAGACCAGAUUCGCCCGACUCGCUUAGUUCACGGGUUGAAGCUAACCAAAUAAGUUCAACUGUAACUGCAUCCCCACCGAUGUCUGCUGCAAGACCUCUUACAUAUGCAGAUGUUGUGCGGGGCAUUACAAAUGAAAAACAAGUAGAUGCUUCUUGUAUCAGUAAACCGUCUGAGACAAAGCCUUUUUGGCUUCCGUCAAUGUCUUCAGACGGGGAGUACACUAUCCCCUCCAUGGACGAUUGUGUGACAGAGUUAAGAACAGUAUCUCCAGAGUCUCUGCUGUCUCAAAGUGAAUUUAGGCCACUCUCUCCUGACUCACCUGUUCCUCAAUUCAGAUGUCUUCAUAUCAAUAACAGUGUGGAAUUGCCAGUGUACAGGUCAUUUACACCAGAAUCAACAUUGUCAGAUUGGGAAGGUACUGACUUGUGUCUGGAGACCUUGUUUGACGAGACCAGACCAGAGUCCCCGCAUUCAAUUUUAUCAGACUUUGAGCUUGAAAAAUUAUUUAGCAGCAGGGCAUUGUCUCCAGAGUCCUUGUCUUCAGAUUUUGACUUUUCACUUGUGCAGGACUGGCUGACAGACUUUAGAGCAUCCUCCCCAGAAUCUGUGACGUCAGUUGAGCAACGUUUUGUGUGUCCUCAGACUACAUUUGGCCAAAUGAAGAGUCAACGUUGUAAUUAUUACUUAGAGUACUCUGGAAGUCGACCAGUGUCACCCUUUUCAAUACAUUCAGAUGUGGAUUGUUCCGGAUUUUGUCUUGAGAAAUUGUUGGAUGACAACAGACCAGAUUCGCCCGACUCACUUAGUUCACGGGUUGAAGCUAACCAAAUAAGUUCAACUGUAACUGCAUCCCCACCGAUGUCUGCUGCAAGACCUCUUACAUAUGCAGAUGUUGUGCGGGGCAUUACAAAUGAAAAACAAGUAGAUGCUUCUUGUAUCAGUAAACCGUCUGAGACAAAGCCUUUUUGGCUUCCGUCAAUGUCUUCAGACGGGGAGUACACUAUCCCCUCCAUGGACGAUUGUGUGACAGAGUUAAGAACAGUAUCUCCAGAGUCUCUGCUGUCUCAAAGUGAAUUUAGGCCACUCUCUCCUGACUCACCUGUUCCUCAAUUCAGAUGUCUUCAUAUCAAUAACAGUGUGGAAUUGCCAGUGUACAGGUCAUUUACACCAGAAUCAACAUUGUCAGAUUGGGAAGGUACUGACUUGUGUCUGGAGACUUUGUUUAACGAGACCAGACCAGAGUCCCCGCAUUCAAUUUUAUCAGACUUUGAACUUGAAAAAUUAUUUAGCAGCAGGGCAUUGUCUCCAGAGUCCUUGUCUUCAGAUUUUGACUUUUCACUUGUGCAGGACUGGCUGACAGACUUUAGAGCAUCCUCCCCAGAAUCUGUGACGUCAGUUGAGCAACGUUUUGUGUGUCCUCAGACUACAUUUGGCCAAAUGAAGAGUCAACGUUGUAAUUAUUACUUAGAGUACUCUGGAAGUCGACCAGUGUCACCCUUUUCAAUACAUUCAGAUGUGGAUUGUUCCGGAUUUUGUCUUGAGAAAUUGUUGGAUGACAACAGACCAGAUUCGCCCGACUCACUUAGUUCACGGGUUGAAGCUAACCAAAUAAGUUCAACUGUAACUGCAUCCCCACCGAUGUCUGCUGCAAGACCUCUUACAUAUGCAGAUGUUGUGCGGGGCAUUACAAAUGAAAAACAAGUAGAUGCUUCUUGUAUCAGUAAACCGUCUGAGACAAAGCCUUUUUGGCUUCCGUCAAUGUCUUCAGACGGGGAGUACACUAUCCCCUCCAUGGACGAUUGUGUGACAGAGUUAAGAACAGUAUCUCCAGAGUCUCUGCUGUCUCAAAGUGAAUUUAGGCCACUCUCUCCUGACUCACCUGUUCCUCAAUUCAGAUGUCUUCAUAUCAAUAACAGUGUGGAAUUGCCAGUGUACAGGUCAUUUACACCAGAAUCAACAUUGUCAGAUUGGGAAGGUACUGACUUGUGUCUGGAGACUUUGUUUGACGAGACCAGACCAGAGUCCCCGCAUUCAAUUUUAUCAGACUUUGAACUUGAAAAAUUAUUUAGCAGCAGGGCAUUGUCUCCAGAGUCCUUGUCUUCAGAUUUUGACUUUUCACUUGUGCAGGACUGGCUGACAGACUUUAGAGCAUCCUCCCCAGAAUCUGUGACGUCAGUUGAGCAACGUUUUGUGUGUCCUCAGACUACAUUUGGCCAAAUGAAGAGUCAACGUUGUAAUUAUUACUUAGAGUACUCUGGAAGUCGACCAGUAUCACCUUUUUCAAUACAUUCAGAUGUGGAUUGUUCCGGAAUUUGUUUUGAGAAAUUGUUGGAUGACAACAGACCAGAUUCGCCCGACUCACUUAGUUCACGGGUUGAUGCUAACCAAACAAGUUCAAUUGUAACUGCAUCCCCACCGAUGUCUGCUGCAAGACCUCUUACAUAUGCAGAUGUUGUGCGGGGCAUGACACAUAAAAAACAAAUAGAUGCUUCUUCUAUCAGUAAACCGUCUGAGACAAAGCCUUUUUGGCUUCCGUCAAUGUCUUCAGACGGGGAGUACACUAUCCCCUCCGUGGACGAUUGUGUGACAGAGUUAAGAACAGUAUCUCCAGAGUCUCUGCUGUCUCAAAGUGAAUUUAGGCCACUCUCUCCUGACUCACCUGUUCCUCAAUUCAGAUGUCUUCAUAUCAAUAACAGUGUGGAAUUGCCAGUGUACAGGUCAUUUACACCAGAAUCAACAUUGUCAGAUUGGGAAGGUACUGACUUGUGUCUGGAGACCUUGUUUGACGAGACCAGACCAGAGUCCCCGCAUUCAAUUUUAUCAGACUUUGAGCUUGAAAAAUUAUUUAACAGCAGGGCAUUGUCUCCAGAGUCCUUGUCUUCAGAUUUUGACUUUUCACUUGUGCAGGACUGGCUGACAGACUUUAGAGCAUCCUCCCCAGAAUCUGUGACGUCAGUUGAGCAACGUUUUGUGUCUCCUCAGACUACAUUUGGCCAAAUGAAGAGUCAACGUUGUAAUUAUUACUUAGAGUACUCUGGAAGUCGACCAGUGUCACCCUUUUCAAUACAUUCAGAUGUGGAUUGUUCCGGAUUUUGUCUUGAGAAAUUGUUGGAUGACAACAGACCAGAUUCGCCCGACUCGCUUAGUUCACGGGUUGAAGCUAACCAAAUAAGUUCAACUGUAACUGCAUCCCCACCGAUGUCUGCUGCAAGACCUCUUACAUAUGCAGAUGUUGUGCGGGGCAUUACAAAUGAAAAACAAGUAGAUGCUUCUUGUAUCAGUAAACCGUCUGAGACAAAGCUUUUUUGGCUUCCGUCAAUGUCUUCAGACGGGGAGUACACUAUCCCCUCCAUGGACGAUUGUGUGACAGAGUUAAGAACAGUAUCUCCAGAGUCUCUGCUGUCUCAAAGUGAAUUUAGGCCACUCUCUCCUGACUCACCUGUUCCUCAAUUCAGAUGUCUUCAUAUCAAUAACAGUGUGGAAUUGCCAGUGUACAGGUCAUUUACACCAGAAUCAACAUUGUCAGAUUGGGAAGGUACUGACUUGUGUCUGGAGACUUUGUUUGACGAGACCAGACCAGAGUCCCCGCAUUCAGUUUAUUCAGACUUUGAACUUUACACAUUAUUAAGCAGCAGGGCUUUGUCUCCAGAGUCCUUGUCUUCAGAUUUUGACUUUUCACUUCUUCAAGACUGGCUGACAGACUUCAGAGCAUCCUCCCCAGAAUCUGUGACAUCAGUUGAGCAACGUUUUUUGUCUCCUCAGACUACAUUUGGCCAAAUGAAGAGUCAACAUUGUAAUUAUUACUUAGAGUACUCUGGAAGUCGACCAGUUUCACCUCUUUUAAUACAUUCAGAUGUGGAUUGUUCCGGAUUUUGUCCCAAGGAAUUGUUGUACGGCAAUAGGCCAGAUUCACUUAGUUCACGGGUUGAAGCUAAGCCGUGUGAAGAACAAGUAUCAUCCCUCAAUUACUUUUUGCCUGAAACCAAACUGUUUUCUAUUGAAAACUCUUGUUCAGUACAUGAGGUACAGAUAACCAUCUCCCAAAUGAAUCUUGUUCCUAGUGAAUCCAUAUCAUCAGACUCCACACAUUCAUCCAGUGCACCCAGAGUGAGACAGAAGCCUAUACUUAACAACUUAAUGUCUCAUUUAUAUGAUCCAUUCUACAAUGGAAAAUGUUCUUGUUGUGAAAGAAGAGCCUUUUAA